AUGUAUGUAGUCCUUCUCGAGGUCAAGUGGAGAUGGACGGCUUCUAUUGCAGAUAAAGGAGAGGUUCUAGGUCAGCCCAGGAAGCUUCUUCACGAGUAUUGGGCUAUUACUUCAUCACAGACCUACAUUCAUAAGGAGUUGGCUUCAGCACGCAUUAAAGAAGACAUCAAAGCUGUAGGAAAGCAGGUGGAUCAGCUCAAGGAUGUUAUCCGUGACCUAGCCAUGAAAAGAAGAUGCAGCAUUAACGAGCUUGUCCACGCCGGGGUAUCAAAGCGACAACUGAAUACAAGAACAUACUACCUGCCAAUACUGCGAAGUCAGGGAACAAGCUUUUCAGCGGACUGGAAUGAUGACGAUCGAAUGAAUUUCAUGUUUUCGGCCUUCUCCGAAAGCCGAGACGUAAACCCGAAACACUGGGACUCUAAAUUACAUUUCUGGAGCAAGGCAAUCCUCGAAAGCUGUAAAUAUCACGGAGACAUUCACAUUGAUUUAACGACACUAAAGCGAAGAUUUUCGCGAAAUGGCUUAACUCCUCUUGGGUUAAGUAUUGUACUAAGAGAAAUGCUUCAACAAGGAAAGCUUGAACGAAAACAGGACUUUUUCAAUUGUAGUACGGAAGGGUGGAUGUCUUGGUUUUAUGGAGUGGCCAAGAGUACAUUUUGGUGGAGUGCUCGUACUGUGUUAGGAGGAGCUGAUGAUGUAAAAGUGGAUGAACAGUUCGUUUUAGUAGAUGUAGCAAAGGAAAAUGCUGCCUGGGUCCUUGACAAACAUUACAGCUGUGUCGAAUGUGAUACAACUGACCACAUCAUACCAUGGAAUGUGCUUAAGACACGCUGCACGAAGUUUGACGAGGAAACUCUUGAAAUUGUAAUGGCCUAUUUACAGAGGCACAGUAAAGCAGUGCUAUUCAUCGCACCUGAAGGAGAGAAGGUUGUAAAGUUUGCAAGAAAAGGUGAACAGAAAGUGACAGCAGUUUCAGAUAAUGAUAUUGACAUUGUGAAGUAAGGAGUGAAAUUUACCUUCAUUUCGUUGCAUAUAAUAUUACUAAAUACUUGAAGAAUGGGGUUAUUUUGAUUUUGGAUUUGAGACUCAGAAGUAUAGAAGGAAGUAAAACAAAAGAAAUCAGGGAGAGGGCAUGCGUGGGCGUAGCGCGAGGCAUGCGUUUUAAUGCAGCAGUCUACAUCCCCAAUAUUUUUCCCUUCAGUGUGAAAGUAAUCAAUCUUUUUAGUAUUAACAAGCAGGGAAUGACCCACGAUACAAUCAUAUGACUGGAAGAGGUUGAAAGCAUAAACGUGGUGAACACGGCUCCAUUGAAGAAGGACAGUUAGAUUCCAAGCGAACCAACAUGGUGGCUGUCGAAGGCAAAACCUUCACAACAGAACCUCCAACCACCGAAAACCACCACAAAGAACCCAGUCUAAUGUACUUAAGAGAGAUUGUUGGUAGAUAUACAAAUCGCCGUCAAUAAUAUUCUAUUGGAAAACAAGAAAAUCAGCGAAGACGUAAAAAGAACUAAAAUCCACUGUAAACAAACAGCAAACUGAGAUUGUGGACCUCAAGAAACAACUCACCAAAUCCACAGUUUGCAGCUAGGGAGAAAGAGCUCAACGAU